AUGGUAACCACAAGAUCUCAGGACAAAGGCCUUUCGACACCAGUCUCAGCGCCUACCAGUAACAUUGAGAUUCUGGUGCCAUCCGCCUCACGAUCAACUGCUAGAACGGCAGCUUCGCCAUCUAUCACACGCAUAACACGCUCAACACCUCUACCGAAUAACAUAACAAGUGAAGAUUCCAGCGAGAUACGAACAGUGGUUAAUAAGGCUAGAGUUUCUCCCAGUUCACUCACCGGUAAUUCCCAUGACAUUCUCCCCAACUCGUCCUCUGGGGAUCCAAAGAUUGGGACCACAGCCGGUCACGAGGCUCCGCAAUUUCCGCAACAACUAGCCCCAGACGAGCCUAUUCAACCUGCUUUGCCAACAACUCAAGGGGUUCCCACCAUCACUUCUGAAUUGACGGCCCUGGAACCGGUAGUCGUCAAAGAUGACGUUGAAAGCACAUCUUUGCCUGAAAGGCUCAAAUUUUCACCACCAGCAGAAUCCGCGAUUUCCUCUGGUACGCACAAGCGGUUUCGUUCCGAGGAACCUGAGGAACCUGCUACCCCUGAAAAUAAAGCAGAUACGGAAAUAUUCCAGACCCCAGCAGAAUUUCCAGACCCUGAAGCGUCUGACGAAAGUGACGCUGCUCCGGAAGUUGUGACUACUGUUUCGAGAAAGGCCGCCAAUCGGUUGUCCACAGGCCGGAAGCGAAGACGUCUAGAAGAGGUUGUUUUUGAGAGCAAAAAAUUGCCAGACCACGAGUCGAAUGUGGUUACUCCCACUGCAGUUCGGGGUCUUGUGCCUGAAGACAAGCUUACUGCUAAUAUUGACGUGGAGGCGGAUCAAAUACUCCCUGAUCCUUACAACGUGGUAGCGAACACAAAACAGAUUGCAGUAGUCAAGGACCAGGCGAUCCUUGAUCUGCACAAUCCCGAAUCCGAAGUCCCUGAGCCGGAUGCCAAUACAUCACUCACUGCCACGACUGAUGAAAAUUUCUCGAUUUUGCAAACCGGAAUUGAAUCUAGAGAUCGGCCAAACCCUCAACAAACUACUGCCGUUAGCAUAGCGCCUAUCUUACCUGAGCAGGACGGAAGGACAGGGACGGAAUCAGCAGCAAUAUUGUCCCACUCUGACUUCAAGGUGCCACUGCCUACGAAACAUGAAUCCAAGAUCUCCGGACUGAACACAGUCGACAUUGGAAACGCCACAGCGCUUGAUGACACGGAAAGUGGAUCCCAUACCGAAGCCGGCUCGGCCACCUUGACAAACAAUUCAUAUGUCACAGUACCUGAAGACACCUCCCUCGACAACAAUGGCGAGACCACAAAUUCAGCGUUUACAGACCUCCAACGGAAAAACUCGGCCAUGGACAUAUCCUUACCCUUACGCCGACAAGAAUCUUGCUCCAAGCACAUGAGCGGUCGCCAAGCACGGCCAAGAAAGACCAUGCCUGCGCCGUCACGGCAGACGACAGGUUUACAUGAUUAUAGACAACGGUUACUAAACCGAAAUCCAAGGACGAGCGCAUGGGGACCUCCAGGCUUCCGGAGGACAAGAUUUGUUGGUGCUUAA